GAGUCAAUCCGGAAGUGGAGAGUCGCUUUGCCUGUACACACACACAGCGGUAGCGGCGUCAAAUGAAGCCCUCCAUCAGUACAUAACUGCUAAUACAGCCGUUAAAACAAGCGCCCGGAACCGCGCGUCCUCACCUCGCCAGCUGAUAUCGCUGCAGACCGUACCGGAUGUGAAACACGGAGCGGGACAGAGCGCACACACACACGGGGAAAGAGGGAAAUGGGCGACAGCUGCAGGAAUGGAGAGAGCCGAAUAUUGACAGCAGCGCCGGGUGAAGGCGACCGAUGAUGAUGAGGAUGAUGAAGAAGAGUGAAAAGUGAAGCUCUCAUUCUGACGGGUCUGCAUCUCUUCGGUCACGGCCAUCUCGCUGUUUAACCCCAUCCUGUCCAGAGAUGAUGAAAGCAUUUUCCUCACUGCGGUCCCUCCUGUGGUGUCACUGGGCCAUGGUUCGCAAGAAAGGAUCUCUUAUUUUGUGUGGAGCUUUUCUAUUUGUAGCUUGGAACGCAUUGCUCCUCCUUUUCUUAUGGGGGAGGCCUCCCAUUGGCCGACUUGGUGAGGGAGGCGGAGCUGAACCAGGGGCCGGAGAGGAGUGGGGUGGCAGAAAAACAAAAGUGAGCGGCGCUAACGGAUUGGCCGGCGAAGUGAUCAGAUUGGCCGAAGAAGUAGAAUCAGAACUGGAAACUCAGAAGAAGCUUCUCAAACAGAUACAGAGUCACAGGGAACUAUGGGAACAGAGGAAAGAACUGGGAAAGAGGGAUUCUGAGGACACAAAAGAUUUAAGGAAUGUCGAGGAGCCUAAAAAACCUCAGCAGAUUCCUGUAGUACCUCUAAAUCUUAAAAUUGUUGAUGAUACAAAAACUGUUACAGGAAAACAUGAAGUUCUAAUGGUUACGCCACCUCAGCUGGUCAUGAAGGAGCAGGAACCGGAACAAGAGGACAAGAAAAUGGCGGAAAAUGAAGUAGGCCGUACUAAGCCAAGCCCUCAAAUCAUUAUCCCAAUUCUCGUCAUUGCCUGUGAUAGAGUAACAGUAAAGAGAAGUUUGGAUAAACUGAUACAGUACCGUCCUUCUGCUGAGCUUUACCCAAUCAUUGUCAGCCAGGACUGUGGCCACGCAGAUACGGCAAGGGUGAUUGGCUCCUAUGGCAGUCAGAUAACCCACAUUAGCCAACCUGAUCUCGCGGAUAUUCCAGUGCGACCCGACCACAGGAAGUUCCAGGGUUACUACAAGAUCGCCAGGCACUACCGUUGGGCCCUAAACCAAGUGUUCAACGUCUUUGCUUACUCCACAGUGGUCAUUGUGGAGGAUGACCUAGAGGUGGCCCCCGACUUCUUUGAGUAUUUCCGUGCACUCUACCCCAUCUUGCGGUCGGAUCCGACUCUGUGGUGCAUUUCAGCCUGGAACGAUAAUGGGCGGGAUGGGUUAGUUGACCCAGGCAAGGCUGACCUCCUUUACCGGACAGAUUUCUUUCCCGGCCUCGGAUGGAUGCUUUUGAAGGAAGUCUGGGCAGAGUUGGAGCCCAAGUGGCCCAAGGCAUUCUGGGAUGACUGGAUGCGGCACCCAGAGCAGCGGAAGGACCGCUCGUGCAUUCGUCCCGAGAUCUCGAGGACUAUGACGUUUGGCCGGAAAGGCGUCAGUUUGGGUCAAUUUUUCGACCAGUAUCUGCGCUACAUAAAACUCAACACUGAAUUCGUGCCUUUCACUAAACUGGACUUGUCCUACUUGGUCAGGGAGAAGUACGACGAAACAUUUGAAAAGGAAGUGUAUAGCGCACCCUUGGUGAAGGUGGAGGAACUACAGCAAGGUGGAAGCCUGAAAGGCUCCGGGCCGUUUCGAGUUCAGUACUCCAGCAGAGACAGCUUCAAAGUGCUGGCCCGCAACUUGGGAGUUAUGGACGACUUGAAGUCAGGGGUUCCCCGUGCUGGUUACAGGGGCAUAGUCAGCUUUAUUUCCCGCGGACGACGAAUUUAUCUCGCUCCCCCUGAGGGUUGGACUAAAUACGACACCAGCUGGAGCUGAGGAGGAUGAGCUGAAGACCACAAAAGACCAGAAAGAGAAAACUCACAACUAUUAUUACAAGUACAGGAGGAGAGAAACGCCCUCUCAAACCAAAGAAAACAGAGGCAGGGUGUGAAAGUUUGAGGAAAGGUUAACGCUAAGGUGUGAGUAUACAAUAACUGCUGUUUUGUUAUGGAGGAACACCCAGGAAUGCUGGGAACAGCACAAAAGUCGGUGCAUCGCAUUUGCGCAGCAAUCAUGCAACAAUCUUCCCUCAGAGAAAAUAGUUACGCUGCAAACAGCUCCUAUGCAGAAUUGCUCAUUCUGAUAUGGAGAAAAAUGAUCUGAUUGUUUCUUCUUUUUUGCUUAUUUGAACAUUUCUGGUGAUUUUAGCAAUCCAAACGGCAUAUAAGAGUCUUAUAUUUUAUCCUACCAGUGUCAGUUGGGUGAAUCUCAUGAAAACUCACAUUUUACUUCAAAAUUAAAAGAGGAAAUUAUAUUUGCAUAUAUGCAGAAAAAAACAACCAUUUUAUCUUUUUGACAUUAUAUUCAAUGCAAACUCAUUUUUUUCCCUAAAUGAUCUUUUUUUCCAUUAUUCUGAGAUGAUUUUAAUUCUAAUAGGAAUUACUGUAUAAUUAAUAUAUAUUAUUAUUGUAAUUAUAUUAUAUAUAAUGAAUAAGUUUUAUUAUUAUUUGCUUAAUUUUAAUACAUUUUUUUUUUUGCUUAAAAAUGUGUUCUUGACAAGUGAGAUUCAGCCUUUUACAAAACCAACCUGAGUGUUAAAACCCCUUUUAAAACAAAGUUCUAUGAGUCCCUGACAUCAUUCUAAAUGAAGAUUGUGUAUAAUUGUUGUCUAAUUUGAUCGAUGCAUUCAUAUAAAUGCGCAGACUCGUUCAUUUGACUUUUUAUGUAGCACCGUUGAAUCAAUGAAGUUCAAGCUUGUUGCCAGAAAUUAUUCAAGGCUUGUGUAACUUGCAUACCAAAACUCUGGACAGCAUCUCUUCUGUGCCAUUCUGUUGAAGUACUGUACUUGAACCUGUUUUUGUUUUAACUGCUCUUCCUGGAACGGGAGAGCUCUCAUUGCUUUUUAAAGAUGUUGUAGGUUUGUUGCAAAACCAGUGGUCAUAGAAAUCGCUUUAUAUGUUCUUACGGAUGAAAUGAAUGGAUUUCAGUAGGCCAGAGGAAACAUUUGAAUUAAAUGUACUGUAUCUAAAUGUUUGGAAGAGAAGAUCUGAUAUUAAUGCAUAUGCAGUAUGAAGAAGUGUGAAACCACUGCCUGACAUGUUUAUAACUUUAAUACAUUGAGAAUAAAACAGACUAUUUUGAUAUUUGACAAUA